AUGGAGGAGAUGGACGUUGUGGAGGAUGGCAGGAAAGACACAUCCAUGCAGCAGCCGGGAUACCCCCAGACAGACCCCGCUCUGUUAUACCCCCCUCCUCUGUCCCCUGAGCCGGUCAGCUCGCUGACUCACCUGGGGAAGCUGAUGGUCGGACACGACGCACCGAGGACCGGCGGAUGGGACAGGAGACUGGACACAGGGUUUCAGUUACUGGGAACAACGAAAGAACCGGUAAGAGAAGCCCACACCGACCAGAGUGUCAUCAUCCUGCAUGCCAAGGUUGCUCAGAAGUCCUACGGCAACGAGAAAAGGUUCUUCUGCCCUCCGCCAUGUGUUUACAUCAGCGGUUAUGGAUGGAGAAUCAUGCAGGACAAUCUGAAAGCGGCUGGCUACGGAGACUCUGUCUAUCGAGUGUGUGGUUACAUGUGUCUGGACAGCUCCAGUCAGUCUCAGGCAGACACAUUCAAACUUGUCUUCGAUGAACAGCCAAGCUCCAGACAGAUGUUUGCUUGUGCCAAAUCCCUGUACAUCUCUGACCAGGACAAGAGGAAGCAUUUCCGCUUGUUGCUGCAGCUCUCCUUGGGCAACAGACAGGAAGUGGGUUCGUUCCAGAGUCGGAUGAUCAAAGUCAUCUCUAAACCGUCCCAGAAGAGACAGUCCAUGAAAAAUGCCGACCUGUGUAUCUCAUCAUGCUCCAGAGUAGCUUUGUUCAACCGAUUACGCUCACAGACAGUCAGCACUCGUUACCUCUCAGUGGACAGAGGAGCCUUCAUAGCCAGCGCCAGACAGUGGACAGCCUUCACCAUCACCUUGGUGGAAGACCAGCGUGCUGAUCAAGGCGACUUUGUGGUGAUCGAAGGGUUCAUCUGUUACGGCUGUGUGGUCCAGCUAGUGUGUACCGAGUUUGGAGUAGCUCUACCACCCAUGGUGAUCCGUAAGGUCAACAAGCAGCACGCCAUCUUAGAUGUGGACGAGCCAGUUUCUCAGCUCCACAAAUGCGCCUUCCAGUUCAGAGACAAUCCUCACGCCUUCCUGUGUUUAUCCAAUGACACCAUCACACAGUACCAUGCCACGUCCAAUCCCAGAGACCCCAGCAGAGUGGUGCUGAAUGAUGGAUCCUGUUGGACCAUCAUCGGAGUGGAAGUAGUGGAAUUCACAUUUAGUCAGAGUCUGGCCAGCAUCCAGUCACCAGUUAGUCCCUUUCCUGUUAUCACUGGAUUAGAGGUGAAUGGUGGAGGACACGUUGCCAUGCUGGAGAUCCAAGGAGAAAACUUCAGCCCUCAUCUCAAAGUCUGGUUCGGCAACAGCGAGACUGAGACCAUGUUCAAAUCUCCCAAAUCUCUGCUCUGCGUCGUUCCUGACGUCGCCGUUUUCAGUGACGGUUGGCGCCACAUGCGACGCAUCAUCACCGUCCCUCUGUCUCUGAUCCGAUUGGACGGCCUGAUUUAUCGCACGCCCUUCACUUUCACCUACACCCCCGAGCUCCAGCCGCCUCCGCCUGUCCGAGGAGGAGGAGCAGCCGGAGGAGGAGGCAAGAGAGAAGGAGGGAUGCAGGGAGACCAGGAGGAAGACUCCCUGUUAGAGACCAUCCAUCAGGAGUUCACCAGAGCCAAUUUUCACCUCUUCAUGCAGAGUUAG